UUGUCGUUACCUGCUCAAACAAACAAACUAGCAACAGUUAGAUGAACAACCUAUACCCUGACAACAAUCAUGCGAAGAAAAAACUUUUCAAAAUUGCUUGUUGGGCUUUUCGUGUCUGUUCACUGAUAGACAUCAUUAAAAUAUAAUUGAGGUUGGAGGAUUAGUAGUGAUCGUAAGAUGAAUUUCUCAGAAGUCUUCAAGCAAUCCAACCAACUUUGUAAAGUUUCCCCAGAUGGGAAAUAUUUGGCUACCUGUGUGCAGUACAGGCUGGUGGUGCGAGAUGUGAGCACCCUGCAGAUCCUGCAGCUCUACACCUGCCUGGACCAGAUUAAUCACAUGGACUGGUCUUCUGACUCUCUCUUUAUUCUCUGUGCUAUGUACAAGAGAGGACUGGUACAGGUGUGGUCUCUUGAACAGCCGGACUGGCACUGUAAGAUUGAUGAGGGCUCAAUAGGACUAGUCUCCUCGCGCUGGAGUCCAGACGGACGUCACAUUCUCAACACCACUGAGUUCCAUCUGAGAGUCACUGUCUGGUCCCUGUGCACCAAAGCUGUGUCUUACAUCAAGUAUCCCAAAGCAUGUCAGAAGGGUAUAGAUUUCAGCAGAGAUGGCUGCUAUAUGGCCUUGGCUGAGCGCCGUGACUGCAAAGAUUAUGUUAGUGUUUUUGUCUGUGACGACUGGCAUCUACUCAGGCAUUUUGAGACUGAGACGCAGGACCUGGCAGGGUUGGAGUGGUCUCCCAAUGGCUGUGUGCUGGCAGUGUGGGACAGCUGUCUGGAGUACAAGGUGUUGCUGUAUUCUCUGGAUGGCCGAUUGCUGUCAACUUACAGUGCCUAUGAGUGGUCACUGGGUGUCAAGUCUGUGACCUGGAGCCCCAGCAGCCAGUUCCUGGCCAUCGGCAGCUACGAUGAAAAAGUGCGCAUCCUCAAUCACAUAACAUGGAAGAAAAUUGCACAGUUGGACCAUCCUGCAACCAUCAACUGCACAAAAGCUGUUGUGUAUAAGGAAGUGGAGAGAAGGCCAGCUGUUGGCAGUGACGACCUGUCACUACACAACAUCACAAUUGGCACGACCCUCUUCAACACCCAGAGCAAAUAUGAGAUCCGUCCACUGCCAGUCCAAAUUCCCGUGGUCAAACCAGACCCAGACCGAGCCAACCCCAAGAUCGGUGUCUCUAACUUGGCAUUCAGCUCAGACAGUCGCUUCCUAGCUACCAAAAAUGACAACAUGGCCAGUGUUGUGUGGGUGUGGGACAUGCAGAAAAUGAGCCUGGAGGCUGUGCUGGAGCAGACAUCAGCUGUGCGCUGCUUUCAGUGGGACCCCCGGCGCCCACGGCUGGCACUGUGUACAGCCAACACCAAACUCUAUCUCUGGUCCCCAGCAGGCUGUGUCUCUGUCCAGGUCCCCACUGAAGGUGGAUUCCAGGUCCAGUCACUAAGCUGGCACUGCAGUGGAGACUCUCUGAUCCUGCUUGGAAAAGAGCAGCUGUGUUUGUGCUACAUGGACAUAGACCAGGAGGACAAGUAAUACACACAAAAACACAGGUAUCAAGAAUAACCGGAUCACAGUUCAGGCUUAUGUAGCCACAAGCACUUGGCUGGGAAUGUUAAGGUGAUGACCAAAAGACUGGUAGGAACACUCCUCCUCUUAAUCUUACUUUCACAUGUAACUGCUCACCAAGGCCCUCAGUGCAGGUUACUGAGAUGUUCCUUUUCUUGUCGAUAUGAUGGCUAAAUAUCACUAUUUAAAAAAAUAAGUUUGUCCUGAAGCACUAGUUCCGAACACUGUGAGAAGAUAGAUGUUUACAAAGUUUUAUAGAUUUCACUGUACUUUUAGUUUGACCUAUUUUGUAUGUGUAUAACCAUGAACGUGUAUAACUAUUUUGAAUAAAUUUUGUCAUAAGCAAUGCAACUAAAAGUGAGUUAUUAAACUUU